CGUUGGGCCAGAGCACGUCUUGAACGCGCCAAUUUCUUUGGAUCUUGAGGUUUUUGAAGAAGAACCAGAUCCAGAGGAUCCUUUGACAAAAAACAAGAAAGAUUAAGUUUGAUAAUCACAAAAUGGAUGAAAUAGAGUACGAAGGCAUCCUGCAAUGGUGUUGCCAAAAGCAGUACUACAAUGACAUGCUUUCAUAUGCGAGACAAGCAAUAGAUGCAUUCUCAUCCAAUGACAGAUUGAAAAUUCUUCUCUCCUUGUCAUGUGCAUUGAAUGGACACAGCAAAGAAGCCUUGAAACACACCACAUCUAUGAUAGCUGCCAACGAUCAAUCAGAUGCGACACUGUCAGCUCUAUUGAUUCAAAGCUACAUCUAUAAAAUGCAAGGACCAACAGACAGGAUGUCGGUAGCUCAAGUGGAUACAAGAAUAAGAGAAGACCGUAGAAAAGCUUCACCUGCAGCUCUGUCUCUUGGAGCUAUAGUCUUGCUUCUUCUUGGGAAGCUUGACAAAGCUAAAGAAUAUUCUGACAGAGCUUACAAGCUCAAUCCAACUGAUACCUAUAUUCUUCUAGCAAAGGGAUGGACAUCUCUGACUCCAGAUGAUCUUGCUGAGAAUCCUGGCAUCUAUUUUGAGCAAGUGCUCAAAGAAAACAACAGACAUAUGAGUGCCCUGUUAGGUUCUGCAAAAUGUAGGGAACUUGCUGGCGAUCAUUCAGGUGCAAUGCUUAUACUAAAUCCCCUGAUAGUGCGGUAUCCAAAACUGGCGAUCCCUUUAGUCGAAAAAAUGAACAAUCUUCUGGCUAUGAAGGAGUGGGACCAGGUGAUUGAAACAACUAACCGGAUCUUGUCCUUCGAGAGCACCAAUAUCGACGCUUUCAAAAUGCGAACCAUCGUGGUAUUGUGCAAGGACGGUAACUACAACGAAGCCGUGAAACACGUUCAGACGUUUUUCCGAAACCUCGUCGUUGCCGAGCCCAAGAAUACUGAGCUUUUUGUAGACAACAUCAAACUGUUCUCUAGAAUCGCCGUUAAGAACCAAAAUAUACUCGCUGAACUGUUCAAAGUCACGGAUAAAAUGUCGCAGCAGAACACGGGUAAUGCAACACUGCUGAUAGAGUUAGGUGACCUUUGCGCUUGCAUGGGCAAGCAAAAGGAUGCGGAGCACUGGUACCGCGGUGCAGUUCGUCUCGACGAGUCUUCGUUCGAGGGACUUCUUGGUCUUGCUCGUUGUCAGCUCCAUGACGCAGCUCCUGCGGCGGAGAGUCUCGCGCGGCAACAACUCGACUUCUUGGCUCAAAUACAACCGGGACAUCCAGAACUCUUGCUGCUGUCAGCCAAACUGAUCCACACUGAUACAGCAAAGGCGAUCGACUACCUGGAAAAUGCUGCAUCCAUCAUCUUCGAGAAUUGUAAACGAUUCUGCUAUGGCUGCGAGUAUCUGAAGCUGCUGAACCCUCAUCUGUGUAUGGACAUUGUAGAAGAGUAUGUUGUACAGUCACCCAGUCGAAUCGAUAAUACCAAGCCUAUCGUAAUUGACUCGAACAAGAGCUGGUGCAUUAAGCUACUGGAGAAGGUCACGGAAGCCUGUCCUGGAUUAGGCGCAGCUUUGUUACUAAUGGGCAGACUCAAAAUGCAGAUGGGAGAUCUGAGCGGUGCCUUGGCAGCUCUAAAGAAACUCCUUGACUCGGUCGAUAGAACAAAUGCAGCUGGCCACCUCAUGAUGGCUCGGAUUCUCGUCAAGCAGGGCCACUACGAGAGCGCAUCUCAAACUCUGGAAGUGGGUCUGAGCUACAACUUCAAAGUCAUGGACGAUCCGCUCUACCACAUGAUCCUCGGCACUGUGGCCAAAGAGAACGGAGACCUCGAAGGUGCCAUAAGAAAUCUGGAAACGGCGAUGUCGUUCGCUGGUUUGCGACCGGGCCACGAGCGCUCCAAAGUCUCCUCCCUUUCGAGCUCUGAUAAGGCGAGUCUCUACCUGGAGUUAAGCUCGGCUUACGCGGGUCUCCGUAAGUUCGGUGAAGCUCGAUUGCUUGUCGAGGACAUGCGCUCACAGUUGGCUGGUACUACCGAAGAGGCCAGGGCGGUGAUCGGUAGCGCUGAGUUAUCUCUCCAGAUGGACGAAGUCGAACGGGCCAUCGAGCUUCUGACCUCUAUUCGUCCAGGCGAGCCAUACUAUCUGCAGGCUCACACAAAACUCGCCGAAAUCUAUUUGAACCGCAGAAAGGACAGGCAUUCGUUCGCCAAGUGUUUCCGAGAUCUCGUAGAGAACUGUCCGGGUUCGGAGACUUACAGUAUGUUAGGAGAUGCGUAUCUGGCCAUUCAGGAACCUGAGAGAGCCAUCGAAGCGUAUGAGCUGUCACUCAAGAGCAAUCCAAAUGACAAAGCGCUCGCGAGGAAGAUGGGAGCAGCACUCGUUAAGACCCAUCAGUAUGCCAAGGCUAUUGCUUACUACAAGGAGGCGGUUAAACAAGAGGGAUGCAGAGAUCUGAAACUUGACAUGGCUGAGCUCUACAUGAAGCUGAAGCAGUUUGACAAGGCAGAGGAAACAUUGCUCGAGGAACUCAAUGAGGGUCGAGGAGCCCAUGAUAUCCCAGCAUUGGAGAGUCGAGGCAAGCAGCUGUUACUGCUAGCAAAAGUGCGCGAAAGAGCGGGCAACCUGAAAGGCGCUCUAUCCACUUUGAACGAGGCUAAGGAGAAUCAAGUUAGAUACGUUCAGCGAGCGACGAUGCUACCUAACUUACUGGACCAGAAAAACGUCCUAGCCGAGAUCUGCUUCACAAUGGCCGAACACUCCACCUCCGUCAGAGACUUCAACAAAGCCGUGGACCACUACAAGGAGGUGCUCAGCUACAAACCCAACGACAUCAAGGCUCUGCUGUCUCUAGCCAAGCUGUACAUGCAGAUGAACGAGCUGGACAAGUGCACGCAAUACUGUCAGAUUCUUCUAAACACCGAGCCGAACAACGAAGCAGCUUGCGUCAUGAUGGCCGACCUUGCGUUCCGUAAGGUGGACUUUGACACCGCUGCUUUCCACUUUCGUCAGCUGCUCCUUCAGAAGCCUACCUACUGGACCGCUCUGGCUCGACUUAUCGAAGUUUCUCGCCGUACAGGCAACAUCGACGACUUGGCCGAAUGGCUAACCCGCGCCGAGACCGCGAUGGAUGCUUCCAAGCCCGAGGCCGGUUUCUUUUACUGCUCCGGUUUGCUGGACUGGCGUACCGGUAAGCUCAGCUCCGCUUUGCGCAACUUUAACGCCGCCCGACGGGACCCCGAGUGGGGUCAGCAGUCUAUCUACAACAUGAUCGAGAUCUGCCUCGAUCCUGACGACGACUCCAGCCUCUCCAGCGAGAUCUUCAACGACGACGACACCGAGGUAGAGGACUCCAGGAGUAUGGCUUUGAAAACAGCUCAGCGUUUGCUCCAGGAACUCAACCCCAAGGGCAAUCCCCACGAGAUGCUUACGCACCGGCUGCUUGGCAACUUUUUCCUGCUGGCCACGAAGCAGAAGCACAACAUUGAUCACGCGCUCCAGGACUGCACGAGUCUGGCCAGCCAGGACACUCUGCGCGACCACGUAGGCCCAGCUCUGGGUCUUGCCACAGCGCACAUCCUGCUGAAACAGACACCCAGAGCCAGAAACCAUCUGAAACGAGUGAGCAAGAACACCUGGACGUUCGAGGACGCCGAGUACUUGGAGCGUUGCUGGCUGUUACUUGCCGACAUUUACGUGCAAUCAAGUAAGUAUGACAUGGCCGCAGAACUACUGAAGCGUGUGCUCCAGCAUAACGCUACUUGCGUCCGAGCCCACGAGCUGUCUGGCUUCGUUGCCGAGAAGGAACAGAACUACCGGGAAGCCGCAGCGAGAUACGCCCAGGCCUGGAAGUACGGGGGCAAGUUCAAGCUGAGCAUAGGGUACAAAUUGGCUUACUGCUGCUUCAAGAGCAAGCAAUUCGCCGAGGCUAUCGAGGCUUGCAACGAGGUGCUGGCCAUCAGUCCUGACUACCCCAGGAUCAAGAAGGACAUCCUCGAGAAGAGUAUUAAUAAUCUUAGGACGUAGUUUUUAGUUUAUCUUUAGAUUGUUGCGUACGUUGCUGCAACGUAAACGAUCCGUCCAUUUGAAAGUAUUAUUUUUUCCGUACUUGUUACGACGAUUGUGAUCUCUUUGAGAAUGUAGGUCUUAGUGGUAAUUUAGAAAAAAAAAAAAUGACUGCUUACGAGCGACUUCAGUACCUUGACAUUUCUGUAAACUCACCGUCGUGGUCUUCAAUAAAUCUGAUUUGUUUACACAAUGAA